AUGGACGAGCCCUCCCCCAAGCCCCCACCUUACUCAUCCAAGGAAGACCUCAUCGCAAACGGACUGCAAGACUUCUCCCCCAACGGCGAGCUAGAAUGCCCAAUAUGCCGAGAGCUCAUCAUUGCCGGGACCCCCACGCCAUCUACUCUCAAUGACUCACCGCUCCCGACCCCCAGCGAAUCCGAAGACCCGUUUCAAGAAUCGGACAAUCGAGAUGAACCUUCUUCGACGGCAGAGCAGCACGUAGGACCAGAUAUCGCUCACAUAGAGCCACAGCAAUCUCAACACCCAACCCCGCCCCAUCCCUCCACAACCAGCACCACCGCCUCCAUCCCCGGGAACCAGCACGCACCCAACCCCGAAACCGCCGUCCUCCUCCCCUGCGCCCACGUCUUCGGCCUCACCUGCCUACUGACCUGGCUCUCCGCCCCCACGGGAAACCGCUGCCCCACCUGCAACCAGACGCUCUUCCCCUUGCACAAACUCACCGUGCGGCUGCGUGAGCCGACGCGCGCCAUGCGCGCCGCGUUCGCCGAGGUGGUCGAGACGCUGCUGGGGGAUCCCGAGACAGCGGCCGUCAUACGCAGGAACUUGAUGAGCGGGUGGACGAGGGCGCUUAUGCGCGAGCUGGCGCUGGCGGUUUAUGGGAAUGUGAAUGAGGGGUGGGAGGUCGAGUAUGUUUAUGAGGGCGGUGGGGAAGGGGAAGAGGAAGAGGAUGGGGAUGGGGUGUAUGCUGAUGAUAUGGAUGAGGAUGAGGACGAGGAGGACGAGGAGGAUGGGGAUGGGAGAGGGGAGGUUGAGUACGAGGAUCGGGGAGUGCAGACUGUUGAGGACGAGGACGAGUUUACUUCAUGAUGAUGUGAGAGCUGUUACGAGGAUAUCGUGUUUGUCUCAGCAACAGCGGUACGAAAGAGGUGGAAGCUGUUACUUCUAGGGGAUGUGCGAUGGAUUGUGCGAUGUUAUUGUAAGGGUAUUGUACUUCGAGGUGUUUGUCAUGGGUGUCUAUCCGGCGAGCGGUGUUAUUGGUAUUACGGAUUGACAGACCGUCUUCAUCCUGUUAGAUUUCCUUCUCGUUGUCCUACCUGCCUUAGAUUCCAUAA